AUGUCUGAUAAUUCUUCCCAUUCACGUUCUAUUCGUUCGCGCGAUCGCCCUCGUUCUGCCACUUCGGGAAGUCCUACGAAUUCACGCCAAACACUCUCUGAGGCUUCGAAUAAUUCGACGAGAAUUUCACAGCAGACGACUGCCGAAAAUGUAUCCCGAAGUAGAAGUUCACAUCGAGCUGUCCUACAAUUACCAUCAUCACAAGAGCACGAGAUCGUAGAAACUGGAAUUAUCCGAGGUACAGAACAAGAAGCAGUUCAACGCGAUCAAACUGAGCAUCAUUCAUCAGCACGAUCACAGCUAACUGAAUCAAGUGUACUUCAUUAUGGUUCUGAUCUGGAUACAUCGAGUCAGGUAGGCAGUACGAUGUCAUGGCAGCGGACAGUGCGACAUAUGCGACCUGAUAUUAAUUGUGCCCCAUCUCAACAUCGUACUAUUUGCAUCGACAGAAUGGAAGACGAUCUCUCAAAUGGUUUGGAACCUGGCCCAAAACUUUACAUUUGGGGAACGCGUAUCUGCGUUUUUGAUGUACAGCGCGCAUUUCGCACUUUCAUUAAUGAAUUUAGACCGACAAGCGUUUCAGAUGAUGAAAAUGUAUUGACUCUUCCAUCGAACGUGCGAAUGGAAAUUGAUUUGGAACGACCAUAUUAUUUGGAGCGCCUGUAUGAAAUUGACCAAAGUGAAAACAUUGCUUUCAAUUUGAAUUUGCAACAUAUUAAACUAUUCAAUGAAGCCCUGUAUCGGAAAAUUGUUUGUUAUCCAUCGGACAUUAUACCGUAUCUUGAUCUGACGAUAAACGAAAUAUUUUCCGAAAAAUAUCAAAAAGUAUUAUAUGCUCCGAUUGAAGUACGGCCAUUUAAUGCACAAAAAACACGCAACAUGCGUGCACUCAAUCCGCAGGAUAUCGAUCAGUUAAUCACCAUUAGUGGUAUGGUUAUACGAACUUCACCAUUGAUCCCUGAGAUGAAACAGGCAUACUUUCAGUGCACUGUUUGCAAUUUUCCGGUUGAUGUUGAAGUAGACCGUGGUCGAAUUGAAGAACCAGCCAUGUGUCAUAACUGUCAGUCGAAAUAUUCUUUCCAGCUUGUCCAUAAUCGUUCUCUUUUCAUGGAUAAACAAAUAAUUAAACUGCAAGAGUCUCCAGAUGAUAUGCCUGCUGGCCAAACACCACAUACUGUAACAUUGCUUGCGCACGGUGAUAUGGUGGAACGGGUUCAACCUGGGGAUCGUGUAGCUGUAACGGGAAUUUAUCGUGCUGUACCAGCACGUGUUAAUCCACGCAUGCGAAACGUUAAUGCUGUUUAUCGUACUAGUAUCGAUGUAUUACACUUUCGAAAGACUGAUCAAAGUCGCCUUCAUCAAAUCGAUGAUGGAACUCAUUUAACAGAUGAAAAAGUUUCCUUGAUCAUGAAUUUGUCAAAACGAACCGAUAUUGUCAAUCGGUUGACGAAUGCUGUGGCUCCUUCAAUCUAUGGCCACGAGGAUAUUAAACGAGGUAUUCUCUGUUUAUUAUUCGGUGGUACCAACAAGGAGGAUAGAACAGGUAACAAAAUUAAACUACGAAGCGAAAUAAACAUAUUGCUUUGCGGAGAUCCUGGCACCAGCAAAAGUCAACUUCUACAAUAUGUGUAUCGACUUGUACCACGUGCACAAUAUACAUCGGGAAAGGGGUCUUCUGCGGUCGGGUUAACAGCGUCUGUCACCCGUGAUCCCGACACGCGUCACCUCGUGCUGCAAACUGGUGCACUUGUUUUGGCAGACAACGGAGUAUGUUGUAUAGACGAAUUUGAUAAAAUGAACGAUAGUACGCGUUCGGUUUUGCAUGAGGUAAUGGAACAACAAACGCUUUCAAUAGCAAAAGCUGGAAUUAUUUGUCAGUUAAAUGCGCGGACUUCAAUUUUGGCUGCAGCAAAUCCUGUAGACUCUCAGUGGAACCGGAAUAAGACUAUCGUUGAUAAUAUUCAACUGCCUCAUACAUUGCUCUCUAGAUUCGAUUUAAUUUUUCUUUUGGUUGAUUCUCAAAAUGAAUUAUAUGAUCGAUGUCUAGCUAAUCAUUUGGUUGCACUUUAUUAUAGAGAAACAAAUGAUGCAGAAUGCGAAUUGCUGGAUUUGGCUCUUUUGCGUGAUUACAUCGGAUAUGCUCGAUCUUAUGUUAAUCCGCUGUUGGAUGAAGCAUCUUCCCGGUGCCUUAUUGAUAAAUAUCUCCAUAUGCGGAAAGCUGGAUCUGGUUUUGGACAAGUUUCCGCCUAUCCUCGACAACUGGAGUCAUUAAUCCGUUUGGCCGAAGCUCACGCAAAAAUUAGAUUGAGUAAUACGGUAUCAGUACAAGACGUUGAAGAUGCAUACAGUUUACAUCGUGAAGCUCUGAAACAGUCUGCAGUGGAUCCAUCUACCGGUCGAGUUGACAUCAACAUUUUAGCUGCUGGAAUCAGCGCAACUAGUAGACAGAUCAUUGAUCAACUGGCUGAAGUAAUAUGUAGUGAACUUUCGCAGCGUCAUGGAAUUCUGGUUUCGCUGAAGAAAUUAAUGCAACAGUUGCGUCAAAACGACGUGUCUUUUACAAAAGAAUUAUUCGAUGAGGCGGUUAAUAAAUUAGUGAAAAACGAAAUAUUGGUUCGAACUGGUGACAAAGUACGAUAUGUUGCUACAACCUGA